AUGACUUCCAUCGACGGCGUUCAGCUACGCGACCACAUCAAUGGGCUCCUUCUAGAAUACGCUCUGACCCAUAUAACUACUGAUUACAUUCAAUUCACUGAGGCUGCUGUUUCUCAUCUGUUGUCUGAUUUGCAGAUAAUUCCGGCUCAUGAUCCAAGAUCUUUGGUUCUCCCCGUUGACCCAUUCGAAACUUUGACACGAACAUAUCGGCUUACUGACCUGAAACCGCACGAAGAACGAUGGACGACCAGUGCGGCAGAGACCCUGCAGUACUUGAAAUCUGCGGUAAAAGUGCCGCGAGGAUUAUCAAAAUCAGAAAGAGCUUGGUUGGAUGAUGGCGACGAUAGAACGCAUAUUACUCAGUAUUUCUUGGAUGAGCCUCUCCUCUCACGGAAAGCACGGAGAGAAACACCUCGACUAGGCGAAGGCACAAGAACCACAUUGGUACCUUCAUCUCUCCUUCAAACAGUCGACGUUCCAGCGAUUGUGGAGCCUCCGCAAAAUAUCGAUCAUGUCCUUAAUCUGCGUGUACAGCUUACGACUGCCAUGCUUACCUCAGUCAACGAACUGUGCAAAUCGACUCAAGCACUGGGACAAAAGAAACCAGGACACCCGGAUAAACUAUGUCCGCCGAUGCUCGACCUUUCACCGUCAAAUGCUUACUCCCCUUUCGAGCCAAUAUUUCCCCGCCAUCACCGCCUGGGUGGUGUGCCAGCCAGUACAUCGCCGCGACACGGGGCCAAAUCGUAUGCAGACAUCGAGCUAUCUACCGCUCCCACGGAAAGCAGCGAUAACGAUCUCCACAUUAGCAACCUAGCAGUGGUGAAUGGAUGGGGUAGCUCUCGGCAAUCUCAUCCUUUGUCGCAACUAUACUCACGUGUCUACGAAACAGAGACGUACACGGCUUCUUCUCCGUCCAGCCCAUCAACGCCCAUGUCAGAUGAAGAAGAUGAACUUGACCAGUUAUUUGAAAUGUCAUCUCCGACGACGGAGCCUUUCCCUAUCCAGAAGGUCAUGGACGCAAAAAUGGAUGAAUGGCUGAUUCCUCGGAAGGAUCAACCCGGUGGGACGUACGAUAAACCUUUCGCGCUGAGUGGACAUCAAACGCUUGCCUCCGUGUUACCAUUUGUGCCGCAAAAGGGCAUUCCUGGGGACCUCGGGGCGAAAUCAGAAAAACUGCGGAAGAAUCGCUCGCCAGAAACGGCGACGUCAAUGAUAGGCUUGCCACCUUCAUCAAGUCCGGCAAAUGAGUGUGGAAGCGACGACUCCCUCAAUGUGGAUCUGCGUAAUAUAUGCGGUGGUAUUGAUAAGCAGGACCCGAAAGACAUGAUUAUGAAAGAACAGCUCGAAGAGCAACCGUUCAGGGAUUCGUUCAUGGACGUACCUAUCCUUCCUCCCCCGAAUAUUCAUGCGCCGCACGAAACUUUGAUUCCUAUCGCGUUGAGAAGCCUUCUUGUCGCUCAGAAGCCUAAGAAUGCCGCAAGCGCCAAGCAAGCUACUCCACGCCCUGAUCAUGAAUUCCUGACAAAAUGCAAGGGGAUGUUCAGCCUCAAUACACGGCUGUCGUGGAGCCCGUGGACGUCUGAUACAAGGAUUCCGACGAGCGAAGAGCUCAUCAAUGAGUUAGAUCAUGCCACGGCACAUUUGGAGUAUGAUAAAACCAGCGUGGAUCGACUGUUUCUCCAGGCUCUGGCGGUGGAUGAGUUUGACACCAAGGAGCUUGACCAUUGGACCUGGAAUUCUGACGACCACUCGCCCGACACCCCUUUAGCACUUCAUACCGAGUUCGCUGACCUGUCUGAGGCGAUUUUGACGAGACAAGAAAGACGACGCGUCGCCGGCUUGGACCCAUAUGCAGGAUUUGAUGUUGACGACAUCGAGGCUGAAACUCCCGACUUUCAAACAAGUGAACUAAGAGCAACUGCCAAAAAAAAGCAUCCCUUGCCGACAACUCUAACAGACGAUGUCGACUCACCGAUUGUAGCUAAACGACGAGCAACCGACGACAAUAUGGACUCUUCUGCGACACACCGGCCCGUGGACGUGGACGACACUGAAAAGAAAGACAAUGGUUACCGUGGCCCUAGGUUGAGCAAACGCCGAAGAACUGAUAGCUGGCCGGCUAGCAUCGACGACUCUGGUAUUGGACUGGAACCCUUCUCGCUUUUGAAUCAUGCUGGUGCCUCCUCUAUAAAUCCAGAAUCCAGCAGGGCAAUUGCAUAUGAAGACGAGGACCCUCGGGCGUCGCAUCCGCUUAUCUGGUCGCAGGGCAACCGGCAGAGCAACCCUCCUCCGCUUCUUGCUGGCAACCUCGAACCUGAGCGGCUAUCUCCUUUACCUGCCCCAUCGCUGCGUUCGGCUGACCACAACCUGGAAGUAGAUAUCCCCAUUGAAAGCCUGACGGUUGACACUCGGGUGGACGGAUAUGGAACCCUCCCAAAAGAGCAACCUGCUGGCCGACUGAGGUUCACUGACGAUUUCUCAGAGGCCUUCAGGGAAUCAUGCUUCUCGCGCGUUCUAGGGCCUGGUCUUUUCGCGAAACUGCGGGCCAAGAAGGUUUCCGAGCCUAUUGAACAACCACAACCUCCAACUCCAGCCCCGAGGCCUGCGUCAGCACCUCAAGCCGAGGUUGACCGCGAAUUCCAUGGCGUACCGGAAGAACUGUGUGAUCCACAGACAAUCCGUUUGCCACCGGGCCUGAAUCCGCCACAGACGACUCACCGCUAUUUGGCAUCACUGGACGUCAUUCAAAAACAGGUCCUGGUACGCUCUCUUAGAGGGGAUACUGCGCUAAUUCAACUGGUGGAACGAGAAAGCCUGAAUGGUGCACAUCUAAUUUUGGAUCCACACUCCGCUGUCCUGCUGGUCCCUCUACUUGCGCUGCCGUCGGAAUGCGAUCGUAUAUCUACGCUGAUCUCCCAACAAUCUUGGUGUUACUCACAGCUUCUAGUUGUAUUCGAGGCAUACCCCGCGUCGCUGUCCCACCGUGAACACAAAUCGACUAUAGAUGCUUAUACGCCUCCAAUCCUCAAGGCUGUGAAGAAACUCCGACGCGAUCUUGGUAUAGCGGAGGCUUGCGUAACGAAGAAUCAUGAAUGUGGGGUAUUUUGGGCCUUCGCUGAUUCUCCUCAGGAUGUCGCAGUCUUUGUCCGAGUGUUUGGGGAUUCUGUGGAGGCUAGCGAUCAGUCGCAAGGAGUUCUUUGGGGCGAUCGUGGCUGGCUCAGCGACGAUACUCUAGAGAACGAGAGUGACUUGGCAUCUAUAUCCGGGAUGAACCCUUUUGCAGCCUAUGUUAUUCUUUGUCAUGCGAGUUUGGACGAGUUCCUUGAUAUGGGUCCGGACGCUCGCAGUGAAAUGUUUGGGGCGUUUGUUGGUCAUGACCGACUUACGCGUUUGAAUCAGUUCAUUGAACGCCGACUUGAAGAAGUCAACGCCGACUCGUCUGAAAGUGCUGGCGUCGAACACAGCUCCCCUCAACACGUCUCUUACUGA